ACUGGUGUGAAGGAAGGGGAAGUGAGGGCUAGCUGAUAUAAUUAUAACUAAGCAGCUUCAACAUUCUUUCAUUUCAUCGGCCACUGUAAUCCAAAACGAUGGCACAAAGCAACGACGCAGGGAAAGGAAUGGUGGUGUGCGUCACUGGUGCUUCUGGCUUUAUUGCUUCAUGGCUCGUCAAGCUUCUUCUUCUUCGUGGCUACACUGUGAGAGCCACCGUGCGUGAUCCAAAUGAUCCGAGGAAGGUAGAGCAUUUGGUGAAACUGGAAGGAGCAAAGGAGAGAUUGCAUCUGAUGAAAGCAGAUCUGUUGGAAGAGGGUUCCUUUGAUUCUGCUGUUGAAGGCUGUGUCGGUGUCUUCCACACUGCUUCACCUGUGGUUCUUGGUCUCCACGUCGACCCUCAGAAUGAUCUUAUUGAGCCAGCAGUUAGAGGAACUCUGAAUGUUCUUAGAUCAUGCGCAAAAUCAACGUCACUGAAACGACUCGUUUUAACCUCUUCCAUAUCUGCAGUGAUGUGUAAUGGAAAGCCUCUAACUUCAGACGUUGUUCUUGAUGAAUCAUGCUUUUCAACUCCGGAUGGUUGCGAGCAAUUUAGCCCGGAAUGGACAGGAUAUAAACUUUCCAAGACACUGGCAGAAGGAGCUGCUUGGAAAUUUGCGAAAGAAAAUAACAUCGACAUGGUUACUAUCAAUCCAGCAAUGGUGAUAGGACCUCUCUUGCAACCAACACUUAACGCAUCGGUAGAAGCAAUUUUAAUUCUAUUUAAUGGUGCAAAGACAUUUCCAAAUAAAGUUUAUGGGUGGGUCCAUGUGAAAGAUGUUGCCGAUGCCCAUAUCAAAGCAUUUGAAAUUCCUUCGGCUAAUGGAAGAUAUUGUUUGGCUGAGACAGUGAAACACUACUCUGAAAUAGUACAGAUUCUACGUGAACUAUACCCAAUGUUACAAUUUCCAGACAAGUGUGAGGAACAACCCCUGAAGCCAACAUAUCGAAUUUCUAAGGAUAAGGCGAAGACAUUAGGAAUUAGUGAGUUCAUUCCAUUUGAAGUGAGUCUAAUAGAGACGGUGGAAAGUUUCAAACAAAAGAAAAUGGUUGACUUUUAAAUUGUGCUAUAUAUAUAUAUAUAUAUAUAUAUAUAUAUAUAUAUAUAUAGCCAAGUCAUAAUAUAUAUCUUUGCGGAAUAAAUGUUGAUUACAAUAAUCAUGAUUUUGUAUGAAAAAACUUGUGUGUUUUGGUUCAAACCAAUUUCCAUUACAAUAAUGUAAAUAUGUUUUGCUUGAGAAGACCUAUUAUUGUAAUAUAUAUCAAGCUUGUAUUGAAUAAAAAUAAACCAAAUAGAUACUAUAAGUGGAAA